UUCUGCAUGCACAGCCUGCUUUCUCUACCACUCGAGUUCUCCCCUGGAUCUGUCUCUCUGGAAUGCUUCCUGGAUUCUCAGUUCAAACCUCUUUGUAUCAUAACCUCUGGGACAAUUUUCUCCAGUACUAGCAACUACAAGCUCCUCACUCCAGCCAAGCUCCAGCCUUCCUUUCUGCCCUCUAACACUCAACCAUAUACUUCACAUUGGAACGCAGUUCCCUUUAUGGACCUACACCACCGGACUCAGCUCGUUCGGCCUGGCUCCAAGUCAUUGACAUAUCACAAUUGGGCUGAGGUCACUUUGGCAGCCUGGGCUCCCGGACAAGACCCCAGCGGGUGCCAGACUGCAGGGAGAGGGACGCAGAGCUGCUGCCCGUCACAGCCCACUGGUCGCCUGACGGGCCCCAAGGCCUGCCAGACUGACACCGGCCCCGGCCAGGCAGGAGGCAGAGAGGGGGCAAGGGAGGGGGGCCAAGGAAGAGGUGCAUGGAAGGUGGAGGUUGGCAUAGCAGACAAUCGGUACCCAAUGCAUUUAUCAAUUUCAUACGGUGUUGUAGUAGUGAAGAGACUGUGUUCGUUACUGCCGUAUGUAAGGAAAAAGAACAGGAGUUACUCAGCACAUGAUAGAUGGUGAUUCAUAAAAUAAUCAGCAAUACUCCUUUUGUAGCUGAGUCAAAAAAAAAACCUGCCUGAUAAAAGAAGACAUGGGCUAUCUGGGGGAAAAUGAAAGAAUGAGAGGAGAAAAAAAGGAGAAAAGAGAGAAAAACUAGUUGUGUGUCCCAGCAUGUGUCUGAAGCUCUCAUGGAGGAGGGAGGAGGGCAACACUCACAGAGUCACUCAGGCGUGGCCAGAGCAUGAGCCAAGUAGCUCUACCAUGUUCAAGUGCACACACACAAAAACACACCCACACAUGCACUACCCUGCACGUGUUGACCUGCACACUUUCUUUACAGCAUCUGACACACACACACA